AUGUACAACUGUGCAAAAGGUCAUCCAAGGCUUGUCCAAACAGAGGAAGGUGAAGGUCCAAAAUUAAGAGUUAAGGGAUUUACAGUUACGUUCAUCCUGGUGUCAGAGAAUAUAAUGUAUUCUUAUGAUUUUGAACAUGAUAAUACAGGUGGAUUAGAAGUAUUUGAAUGUUUGAAGGAUCGAGACGAAGCAACAUUCACGAGGAAUAAUAAGUAUUCGUCACAAUCUGAUUUGCACUAA